AUGGAUUAAACUGUUGUUGAUUAAUUGUCUUUAGAUGCCAUACCUUACUAUUAAGAAUAAUUAUAUGGAGCACUCUCUCUAGUAUUGGAACUCUAAAAUAGAAUCGAAGCUGAGAAUGAGAUAACAGAAAAUAUUGUCGUUAAAAUAUAGGAUGACAAUAAAAAUGAAAUCUAUCAACAUGUUCUGGAUUUUGAUGAAAAACAAAUAGAUGAUGUGAUAUAAGAAAUGAAUGAUAAAUGCUUGUCGCAAUUGGAAGAGAUCGAUUAAGAGACAUGCAAAUAAGAUGAGCAAAUAUUCACUAUGAAUUAGAGAAUCGAUGAAUUGGAAGACAUUAUUUGCCAAUGCAUGAAACAAACUAACAAAGAUCAAGUGAUAUUAAAUGAUUUGACCAAUUUGAUCAAGGAUAAACAAUUACUUUUGCAAGACAUCAAUUUUGAGAUCAAAGAAUAAGAAUAAAUCAAUAAACAAAAUUAACAAUUUAUGAAAAGAAGAAUGAAAUAAGAGAAAUAAAAACAAUAAGAACUCGAUGAAAAGAUGCUUUUGAAAUAAAAGAAAUAGGAGCAGAAAUAAUUAUUGAAAGAGAAAACAGCAAAGAACGAGGAACUACUAAUACAAUAAAUGUUAGAGGAAAAAUAAAGACUUCAAUAUGAAAUAGAUGAAUUAAUCAAUGGCCAAGAAUAGAAAGUGUAAUAAUUACUGAGUCAAAUGGAAACCACAGUCAUGGAAGAAGAUGAGAAAUCUAUAGUUGCAUCUGCUGUAUUGAGGGAAAGCGUGGACAAAUCUCAUUAUGAAAGAAGGGAAAUUAAAGAGUAGCCAAAAACCAGAGCCUGUUGUGGAGAGUGUUAAAUAUUCUGA